GGCUAUCUCGGUCGAUUGCAAUCAUCCUCAUUCACUCCGGACAUUACUCCAAUCAUCCUGGCGGCCCAUCGAGACAACUAUGUGAUCCUGAAAAUGCUAUUGGAUCGCGGGGAUCGAAUCCCGCGACCGCAUGAUUUACGCUGUGCCUGUCACAUUUGUUCCCAGGCCAGACGUGAUGAUGGUCUGCAACACUCGAAGCUCCGAAUCAACACGUACCGAGCACUGACCAGUCCGUCUUUCAUAAUCCUGACCAGUAAUGAUCCGAUUCUGACCGCGUUCGAGAUGAGCGCCGAACUGCAACAGUUGGGCGAAUUGGAGAAUGAAUUUCGCGGACUCGGACGAAUCGAAAAUAGAAGGAAACGAAAUUGCACUGGAGUGCACUACUACUACUACUACUACUACUACUACUACUACUACUACUACUACUACUGCAUCAUAUUAAGUCCGGCUAGAUUUAGAGAGUAUUGA